UCGUUUUCCCUGUCCUACUCAUGGCCCUGGUUUCGUGCCUUCCCCUGGAUUGCGCCUGAGUCAUUCUCGUUUUACGUGCAACAUGUUCGGGAAUUGGGGCAUUGCCUGUUGGGUCAGGGCCCAGCCAAUCAGCCAACUUCAGACAGAAAGUCCUGGCAGGAAGUAAAAGUGAAACACAGCCUGUUUACCAGAGAGAGAGAGAGAGAGAGAGAGAUCACAAUCAUAAUCACAGUCACAGUCAUCCUCCUUGAUUUCGUCUCCAACUUGGGGAGGCUGCGACUCGGGCGAUGAACACCCCAGUGGUCUGUCAGCUUGCAGCUCCCAGCAGCUGCUUGGCACUGGGGUAGACAUGGAAAGGGUGCAACUGGGAGGUGGAGAACUUAAAAGAAAGAAAGAAUGAAUAAACAAUGAAUUUCCCUAAUCUGUCUUCAGACACCAGCCGCUCCAGUAGCCUCCGAGCCAAGGCUUCAUGUGGACACAUCACAGAGCCCCUGAGCCUAAAAGCCUGGGCCAAGGCUCGAAUAGACACAGGAAUCUGGUCUUUUCCAUGUCAGAGCUGCAAGAAGGAGUUGGUCUGGCAGGAGGUGUGUAAACUGGGACUCUUCACUGGAGAGGAGAAGGAAUGUUACGAGAAAAAACUGGUGGAACUAACCAAAGAUGACACUGCAUCGUUCAAAAAGUGUCCUGACUGCAAUUUCCUUGUGCAGCGUUUGGAUCUGGAGCGUCUGUGUGUGGAGUGUCUGUUCUGUUCCAAUGCAAGAGGGAAGCUCUACCAGUUCUGCUGGGAUUGUAUGAGAGAGUGGAAAAACCCAGACCCUCUCAGCCCUGACUGCGGUAACAAAUCCUGCAACAUCACAGCAACACUGCUCUCCUGCCCGCUCAUUGAUGCCCCCCAUAUUGAGGUACACCAGUGCCCUGUAGUUCGGGCAUGUCCCAACUGUGAGACCCUGGUCUCUCACUGUCAAGAGGGCUGUCCACAAGUCGUGUGUCCCAACUGUUUUAAUGAAUUCUGUUAUCGCUGUCUUGGUAUUGAAGAAUGUAACCAUGCAGAAUUUGUGGAACUGAGUGAUGACGAUGACACCACUUACAAGGAUCUUGAUGAUUUCUCUCUAUGUAUUAGAGCUGGAAGACAGAAAAUUACUGGCAGAAAGAACUAUAAAAUUCAUCCAACCUACCAACUGGACGACUAGGUGACAGAUAAUGAUGUAGGAGGCAACAAUGACCAGCAUUUCAUCUAACCUUGCUGGCACAGCAGCCUUCAUAUAAGGAGUGAGACACUCCAUCUCCCAGUGAUGGUCAAGGCACAAAGGAAGCUAUGGUCAAUACAGCUUUAACAUGAACUCAAUCCCCUUCACAAACAUCAGCAACCUGAUCCUAAAGAACAAGUGAUGGAAAUGACAAAAAAAAAUCAUUUAUUUAUCAGGGCUCUCAAAUUUAACAUGCAUAGAAAUGAUAUUUGAAGUGCAACUUUUGUUAUGAGAUAGUCUGAUAAUCUAUUUCUCUGCAUCCUACUUAUAGGUGUCCUACUUAAUCUAUAUCAGAAUCUCUUACACUUUCAACAGCUUUACAAUGUCCUGUGGUCUCUGUGCUCUUGUGAAAUACCAGUGGGAUGAGAUGAGGAGAAAUUUCUUCACUCAAAGGGUUGUGAAUCUUUGGAAUUCUCUAUGUCAGGAGGUUCUGGAUGCGCCAUUGUUGAAUACAUUUAAGACUGGGAUAGACAGAUUUUUGGGGUCUCGGGGAAUUCAGGGAUAUGAGAGCAGGUGGGAAAGUGAGGUUGUUCUGAAUGGUGGAGUUGGCUUGACAGGCUACUCCUGGUCCUAUUCCUUGUGUUCCUGUAUUCUUAAGUAGUACAAUAAAGUCAACAUAUAAAUACAAA